UAUAAUGUCUUUCUUAGAAUUAGAUAAUACAGAGACCUUUUUUAUUGUUUUGGUUUUCUCCAUCCACUUCAUCGGCUUAUCGGAUCCGAAUCCGGACCCGAAAGCCCGAUAACCCGACGGGAAUAACACCAUGUCCGAUGCUCCGUCGCCUUCUCCGGAUGCCAUGGCUCCACACUGGUGCUAUCACUGCAACAAACGCGUACUCGUUGAAACCUUAGAUGACUUGGUCGUGUGCUGCGAAUGUAACAAAGGUUUCGUCGAGUCAAUUCAACCGAUUCCUUCCGCGUAUACAUCGCCGGCGCCACCGCAGCCACUUUCCCCAGAUCUGACUGUAGAAGACUCCAGUAUUGGCUCGCAUUUCGUCCAGAUGCUCCGCUUGCUAGCCCACGCGCCUUCCCAGCGCUCGCCACCACGACACCUUGAUGUUUUAUCUUACGAAGAUGAUUUCUUCAGAUUGGAGCUCAAUAACGGAAACGAAAUCGACGAUGACGAAGACGAAGAUGAAGAUUAUGGAGAUGAAGAAGAGGAGGAUGAGGACGAGAAUUUAACCGUCAACGACCAAGUCGAAGAGGGAGAGGAAGAGGAUGAUCUGAGGAGGAGAAAUCGGUUCCCUCUCACGACGACGCGAUCGAGAACCGGUCGAAACAGAAUUCUCGAUUGGGCUGAGAUAUUAAUGGGGAUCGAAGACAAUUCCGUUGAGUUCCGUAUGGAAUCAGAUCGUUAUACAGGUAAUCCGGCUGAUUACAUCGACGACGCCGCUGGAUACGACGCUUUGCUUCAGAACUUAGCAGAAGGAGACGGUGGUGGAAGGAGAGGCGCACCACCGGCUGCAAAAUCGGCUAUAGAAGCACUCGAGACUUUCAAGGUUACUUCUUCGGAGGGAGAGAUGGUCAUGGUUUGUGCUGUGUGUAAAGAUGGAAUGGUGAUGGGAGAAACUAGUAAGAAGCUACCAUGUGGGCAUUCUUACCACGGAGAUUGUAUUGUCCCAUGGUUAGCAACAAGGAACUCUUGUCCUGUCUGUAGAUUCCAGCUUGAAACUGAUGAUGCUGAGUAUGAGGAAGAGAGGAAGAAAAGAACUUCUACCUUGACAGAUUCUGCUGCUUCUUCUUCUUCUUCUUCUUCUGCUUCUCGUCUCUAAAUGCGGGGAGGGGGUGGUCUCUCUAUUUGUUGUCCCUUUUGUUGUUACUCUUUCUCUUUAGAUUAUAAACUUUGCUUAGUCUCUCAACACUGUUUGGUUGGUUGCAUCAAAAAAAGUGAGAAAACAGAGAACAGAAAAAUCCGGCUCCAAAAGACAUUGUUUUCUAUUAGUG